AUGGCUGAAUUGGAUCUGAUGGCUCCAGGCCCGUUGCGCGGGGUCCCCGCUCAUCCUCCGGCCGCUCUCAGCCCAGACUCUGGCUCGGCCAGUCCCGCAGAGGAAGAGGGCCCGGGCUCCCCGGGGAGCCCCCCAGGGGAAACUGGGGGACAGGGCUCUGAGUGGCAGGGGGCUCCUGAGGCAGAGGGCCUGGAGGAGGAGGAGGAGGUCCUGUGUGACUUCUGUCUCGGGGCCAGCAGGGUGAGGGCCGUCAAGUCUUGCCUGACCUGCAUGGUGAACUACUGCCCGGAGCACUUGCGGCCGCACCAGGAGAACAGCAGGCUGCACGGCCACCAGCUGACCGAGCCUGCCAGGGACCGGGAACUGCGGCUGUGCCCCGCGCACCGCAGCCCACUGAUCGCCUUCUGCGACCCCGAUGGGCGGUGCAUCUGCGAGGAGUGCAGCCAGGCCCAGCACAGGGACCACGCCUUGGUCUCCCUGGACGCCGCCCGCAGGGAGAAGGAGGCUGAGCUUCGGAGCACCCAGUUAGACCUGGAGCAGAAACUCAAGUUGAAUGAAAAUGCCAUCUCCAGGCUCCAGGCUAACCAUAAAUCUGUCCUGGUAUCAGUGUCGGAGGUGAAGGCCGGGGUGGAGGAGCAGUUCGGGGAGCUCCGUGCUGCCAUGACGAAGGCCCAGGCCGACGUGAUGCUCUUCCUGGAGGAGAAGGAGCAAGCUGCCCUGGGCCAGGCCAAUGGCAUCAAGACCCACCUGGAGUACAGGAGUGCAGAGAUGGAGAAGGCCAGGCAGGAGCUGGACAGGAUUGCUGCCAUUGGCAGUCCCGUGCUGUUCCUGGAGGAGUACUGCAAGUUCAAGAACACGGAGGACAGCGCCUUCCCCAGUGUCUACAUAGGGCUCAAAGACAAGCUCUCGGGCAUCCACAAGGUCAUCACGGAUUCCACUGCCCACCUGAUCCAGCUGCUGCAGAGCUACAAGGAGAAGCUCCAGGAGUUCUCCAAGGACGAGGAGUACGACAUCAGAACUCAGGUGUGUGCUGUCAUUGAGCACAGACAUCGGACCUCAAAACCCGAGCCCUGCACCAGGCCGCAGUUCCUCCAGUAUGCCUGUGAUGUUGUCUUCGACCCCGACACGGCACACAGGUACCUCCGGCUGCAAGAUGACAACCGCAAGGUCACCAACACGGCGCCCUGGGAGCACCCGUACCCUGACCUGCCCAGCAGGUUCUCACACUGGCGGCAGGUGCUGGCCCAGCAGAGCCUGUACCUGCACAGGUACUACUUCGAGGUGGAGCUCUCAGGAGCGGGCGUCUAUGUGGGCCUGACCUGCCAGGGCAUCAACCGCAAGGGCGAGGAGCGCAACAGCUGCAUCUCCGGGAACGACUUCUCCUGGAGCCUCCACUGGGAUGGGAAGGGGUUCAGGGCAUGGCACAGCGAUGCGGAGACCCUGCUCAGCGCCAACGCUUGCCGGAGGCUGGGGGUCUAUGUGGACUUCCCCGGCGGGGGCCUCUCCUUCUAUGGCGUCGAGCCUGAGACCCUGACGCUGCUGCACAGGUUCCAGUGUAAGUUUUCGGAGCCCGUCUACCCAGCCUUCUGGCUUUCCAAGAAGGACAGUGCCAUUCGGAUUGCAGAUCUGGGAGAGGAACCUGAGAAGCCAGGGCCGGCCCUGGUGGAGUCUGCUGCCUAG